UAUAUAUAAGCUGGGCCUAGCUACGUGUGGAAAAAUAUCAGGGGCAAUACGAAACGUAUUGUUCUUCCGCUCAGGAAGGUUUUUGUUUCGUUUUCUAAAAAGGACAUUCAGUGCUUAGUGGAAUAAGAGAAGUCCGAAAUGGCGCGUGUAUCCGAAAUCUGCGCUCCCUUGGGAAUCCUCCUACUUUUCAACCUGAUAACCGUUGACGGCCUUGUAAAAAUGGGGGUUUACCAGAACUCCGUCUAUCAGCAGGAUCUAGAUACCAAUUCGGCAACAGGCACCACGGCUUCCUUUCCGUUCCUGAUGCCCAAGGUUUCCCCACAAACCCCGGAUUUGUACUUGUGCACCCCUGUUAAAGUUGAUCCAACUACCACCUACUAUAUCGUUGGCUUCAAUCCCAAUGCCACCAUGAAUACGGCCCACCAUAUGCUGCUCUACGGAUGCGGAGAGCCCGGGACCACAAAAAACACUUGGAAUUGCGGAGAGAUGAAUCGAGCUUCCAACGAGGAGUCAGCUAGCCCCUGCGGACUCCAUUCGCAUUCCCAGAUCUUAUAUGCCUGGGCCAGAGACGCACAAAAACUGAAUUUGCCCGAAGGAGUGGGUUUCAAGGUGGGCAAAAACUCGCCCACCAAGUACUUGGUAUUGCAGGUCCACUAUGCCCACAUCGAUAAAUUUAAAGAUGGUUCAACCGAUGACUCAGGAGUUUUCUUGGAUUAUACAGAGGAGCCUCAGAAAAAGUUGGCUGGAACCCUAUUGAUGGGCACGGACGGAAUGAUUCCGGCAAUGAAGACGGAGCACCUAGAAACUGCUUGCGAGAUAAGCGAGAAGAAGGUCCUGCAUCCGUUCGCAUACCGGGUGCAUACCCACGGACUGGGAAAAGUGGUCUCCGGCUACAGGGUCAGGACGAACAGCGAGGGCGAACAGGAGUGGCUGCAGCUGGGUAAGAGGGAUCCCCUCACUCCCCAGAUGUUCUACAACGUUAGCAACAGGGAUCCCAUUGUGGAAGGAGACAAGAUCGCUGUUAGGUGCACUCUGCAGAGCACGCGACAUCGGAUAACCAAAGUGGGACCGACGAACGAAGACGAAAUGUGCAAUUUUUACCUCAUGUACUACGUGGAUCACGGCGAAACCCUGAACACGAAGUUCUGCUUCAGCCAGGGCGCUCCCUACUACUACUGGUCCAAUCCUGACUCCGGCCUACACAACAUCCCACAUAUCGAGGCGAGCACCUUGUAAACUGCGGAACCAGCUGCGGAAAGUGAACGAAUGUAUACCACCUUACUGUCUGGAUUAUGUUAUCGUGUGUACCAAGUGAUGAUGGCCUAGCAUCAUUCUGUAUCCUAUUCUGUUGGCCCCCAAUGAGUUAUGUAAAAUAUUUGUGCGUGUAAAUAAACAUAUGUAGAUAAAUCGCGAGAACCCAA